CUGGAUCCAAAGAUCAAGCUCAAUCCAAUAUCAUUGAAACAGAGGUUUCACUUCAGAAACAACAAUACGUUGCACCAAGCCCUGAUGAUUCCAAGCCAACUCCAACACCUGAAAAUAGUGGACUUACUGGUGGACAGAAGGCUGGUAUUGUUAUUGGCGUUCUUCUUGCUGUUAUCCUUAUUAUUCUCAUCAUCUACUUCGUUUUCUGCAGGAAACCAUCUAAAGAUAAAUCAUCAUCUGAUAUCCAAGAUGAUUCCGGCUCCGGUGUUAAUGUGUAA